AUGUUAACGGCCGUGCAGUUUUAUCUUCUCAUCUACAAUGCUUUACAGUGUUGUGGAUGGAGUAUAAUUUUAUGGAAUACUUUUCGUGGUUUAUUAUUGAAUGAAAGCUAUCAACAGCUAUAUCAGUCGUGUGAAUUAGAACUACAGAUUUUCCAAACAGCUGCAAUACUUGAGAUUGUUCAUGCUGCUGCAUGUCUUGUUCGAUCACCCGUUGGAACGACAGCAAUGCAAGUAUUCUCACGUGUUUCGCUUGUCUGGCUUAUCUUAUACAGGGUCGUAACGGCAAAAACAAGUAUUGGUGUGUUGUUUUUAUUGAUAGCAUGGUCGGUAACCGAAGUAGUACGAUAUAGCUAUUAUGGUCUGGCUUUGAUUAAUUCUGUAUCAGAUCUUCAUACAUGGCUAAGGUACUCUCUUUUUAUUGUGUUGUAUCCUCUGGGUGUAACUGGUGAACUUCUAGUAAUCCUGGCAGCUCUUCCUGAGGUCAGUGCGAAAAAACAUUUUACUUUGGAAAUGCCAAAUAUAUUUAAUAUUGGCUUCUCUUUCUGGUGGUAUCUUAUCAUUUAUGCUAUUCUCUAUAUACCAGGUUAG